AUUUAAUUGUUGGAUUGUCAGCGCCGCACUCCCGCUGGUGACCGACAGGGGGCGGAGUUAGAGUUUGGAUUUUUCCGCAGGGCGUUCCCCCGGGAGGGAGUCGCGGCGUGGGGGAGGGGAGGGCAGGGCGCGAGGACGCGGUUGUGUCGCCUUGUGCGCUACAUUUCGUCUGGGCUCAGCGAGGAAGCCGCGGCUGCCACAUCAGAGCUGACGUGGGGACGACGUGGGGCCACCGCCGGCGCCGGCGCCGGCUUGCUGGGCGGUGGCGCCGCUCCUGAGCGGCGGGUCCGGCUCGGCGUCUCCACCUCCUCCCGUCCGUAAUCAGUGACGAGGUUCGCUACGUAAAUCUCAUCGCAGCGGGAUAAAUAAAGAAGUGAGGAAGAAGGAAAUCAUUGAUUACAAAUGUCUUAAUAAUGAGCAAAUGUGGCAAGAAAAAAUAUAUUAAGGCAAAUCUAAGACAAAUGACCAUGGAAACAAUUGAAUCCCAGCAGGAUGGAAGUAUAACAGAUUCUGUGGCAGAGAGCGAAACAGCUCAUAUGCAGACACAGACUGGUCAAAAUUCAAUCCCUACUUUAGCUCAGGUAGCAACAAUUGCAGAGACAGAUGAGUCUGCAGAAUCAGAAGGUGUAAUUGAUUCUCAUAAGCGUAGAGAAAUACUUUCACGAAGACCCUCUUACAGAAAAAUACUGAAUGAACUUUCCUCUGAUGUGCCUGGUGUUUCCAAGAUUGAAGAAGAAAAACCAGAAGAAGAAGGAACGCCACCUAAUAUUGCUACCAUGGCAUUGCCGACUAGCAUAUAUCAGACUAGCACGGGGCAAUACAAUGAGGAAACUGAACUUGCCCCAAGUCACAUGGCUGCUGCUACUGGUGACAUGCCAACUUACCAGAUCCGAGCUUCUACUACAGCUUUGCCACAAGGAGUAGUGAUGACUGCCUCAUUGGUGGGUUUGCAUAGUCCACAGCAACUAGCUGAAGAAGCAAUACACACACGGAGGCUGAGGCUAAUGAAAAACAGGGAAGCUGCCCGGGAGUGUCGCAGGAAGAAGAAAGAAUAUGUCAAAUGUCUUGAAAAUCGUGUGGCUGUGCUUGAACACCAAAACAAGACUCUGAUUGAGGAACUCAAGGCCCUCAAAGAUCUUUAUAGCAAUAAAGCAGAGUAAUUGUCUUGGGCUUGGACCUUGUUUCCUAUGAACUCUAAUCAAGGCAGGACAUGCAGUAAUUCUACUAAUUGCCAUGUGGACUUGUAGAAGGGACUCUUGUGACCCUUAAGAAUCCUGUGUGGCUUUAGUGUUUGAAAUGGAAUUGGGAAUUUUGUUCCAAGAUUUGGAAUGUAACCAUGAUCACACUUACCAAGCUUGCUUCAAUCUGUUGGUUAAUAGCAUGCACAAAAUGUUUUGUUUGCCCUUUUCGCUUCUACUUUUUUCCAGGGAAGCCGCAAAAGAAUGCCGACGCCGAAAGAAAGAAUAUGUAAAAUGUCUGGAGAGUCGUGUUGCAGUGCUGGAAGUUCAAAACAAGAAGCUUAUAGAGGAACUCGAAACCCUGAAAGAUAUUUGCUCUCCCAAAACAGAUUAGUAGAAAUAUUUAACUACAAACUGAUUACAACAUGUACAGUUGCUUUUGAAGGCAAUACAUUAUAUAGCUAGCAAGAAUUACGGCUUUUUUUUUCCCCCUUUGUAUCAUUCAUCUUAUUCUCUAAUCUCUAACAUUCCUAAAAUGCUUCACUGUACUUAGUUGACUCUUAGCUGUAACUUCAGAAUUUUUUAAAAGAGACAAACUGUAAAAAGAAAAAAAAGUAUGUGACAGAUUUCUUAAAAUGCACUAUUUGUAAGACUUCUUCCAAUGCUACAUGAUUGCAGUUCCCAAUCUCUAUGUCCUUAACAGUGUCCUAUGCAAUAAAAUAUUUUGCAGGUCUUUAAAAAUCAUUUUAGGGAACGGUGAUCAAAGAUAAUGCAUUUAGCAGUAUAGCAUAUACUCACACACACACACAGCCUCAGGAAGGAAUGAAAGAAAGUAUAUCUAAUGACAUGCCUCUAUGAGAAUCAUAGCCAAAAAAUUAAUUUAUGGCAUUUGCAGAUGUUUAUAUUAGUUACUUUGUAAAGCAGACUUUUGUAUUGCUGUCCUUGAAUGCCAUAGUUGAAAAGUAUUUUUACAGAACCAUGUUGGUUGCACUUUGUAGUGUUGGGUGCUCAUUUAAAUAUCUGAGCAUUUACUCUACUGUGUAAUAUAAAAGGUCUUACACAAGCACUUAGUGUUGGUGUGAUACUACCUAAUGAAA